AUGACAACGUCGGAAUUUUUCGUGUUGGCUUGUUUGAAAACCAAAAGCGCGAAGACAAUAGUUGUGCCUGGGAAACCAUCCUUCAACUCAGGGUCCUGUUCGCCCAAAGAAUUUUUAUGUGGGGUAUCUGAUAGGAAACCCUUGAAAGUAAGUCCACUUGAUCCUUUGCCCUGCAGACUUCGAGAAGGCGUCAAGACCGGGAUACCAUCCGUCAAGAGAAACACCUCGAUUGCGCUAAUUGAUCACAAUUGUAGAUUACUUAUGGUCCACCGUCCGUCACAGCCUUUUGGCCUGGAGCGGGGAAUUUUACUCCGAUCAGCGGGUUUGUCUUUCCGUCUUGAGAACAACCGCCCAUUCUCUCCGUCUGCUGAUGAAACCCAUGAUCCUGGCAACACGCUAUCUGACGCCGGUUGGACUUGGAUGCAAGACGAGCGUUUCGUCCAUCGCCAUUUCUUAAAACAUGAACCACUGCUGCACGCCCAAUGCUGGGUGUGCACAAUCUCCGUCUUCAUUGACAGCCUACCAUGCGUCGAUAAGAGGAGUUGGCUGUUUAUAGGGGGCCAAUACGGCCUUGGGAAACAUGUCUGGAUUGUACCUCUGUCUGAUGUGAUGGUAUUAAUAAAGCAGCCAAUGUUGCGACAGAUUGUCUGUGUCGUAAGUAUUAUUCGGAUCAAAUUUAUGGGCGAGCUCGCGAGAGCCAAGGAUGUCACAUUUAUCCUCGUUAACAUUUUCCUCUGGUCCUUCGUCGAGCCAUGCAUUGGCAUUGUUUGCGCCUGUCUGCCAACACUACGGCCUCUUCUUCAAAAAGUAUCACGUGUUCUAUUUGGAACGGAAUUUGGGAAGAGCUUUAGUUCUGGCCCAGGGAUUUCACCUGGGUUGGUGCGAACGCAACAAAGUACCACCGUGGACGGCACUAAAAAGCAGAAGAAUGGCUUUCAGAGGAUGAAAGGAGCCGUAGGGGAAAAGCCGGAAUCGGGAAAUGGUCGGAUGCGCUUGCGACCCACAGAAGAUGAGACUGCGCUAACGACAGUGUCCGCGCAGUUCGAGAUGGAUGAUUUUAGACGAAAUGGGACGAGUGAUGUUGACUCUGAGAGCCAAAAUCAAUCUUCGGGGAUCAGAGUUAAGACGGACUUCGGCUGGCAGGAAGAUGUGCAGUAG